GGAAUACACAACCCUCUCUUAUCUUUCUUCAUUCUUUUCUUGUCCCAACUCCAUUAAAAAAACAAGUAAAAUAAACAAUAUUUAAUCAUCAGUAUGGCGAGCAGUACUUGCAACAAGUCUUUCUGCAGCAACUAUAUGCUGCUAAAGCCAGAAGAAUGUGGUAUAUUAGAUUUGGCAAAAAUAUUGUUUUCCAGUAAAAUAGGACAAAAAGAAUUCGUAGACUGCCCUAAUGAAGAAAUGACUAAAGAACCUUUGUCAAGUAGAUGUGUUAUUUUUAUUUCCGUUCUAAUCCAGAAACUUCUUCUCGCAACAGCUAAACCUUUGGCAGGAUUCGGCAAUGCAAUUGAGUACUGGCUUAACCUUCAAAACGUUAACGGUGGUUUCUUCCGUCUUAUUUUCAACUCCAUAAGAGGUAAAGCUGUAGUGCCGGAUAAAGAAUCAGCGGCCUUCUUGUCAUUUAUUGGAAAUUUGGAUAAAAGAGUUGAGCUAGAUAGUAAGAUUGUUGAGCUUGGAGGUAGAAGAUACGAUGAGGCAAUCAGUAUGAUGGCUGCCAAAGCAGCUUAUGAAAACAAAGCAUAUCUUGACACUGUCGUAAAGGAUCACUGGAAGAUGGAUCUCGUGGGCUCCUUUGACUUCUGGAAUGAUUAUCAACAAACAGCUAACACACAAGCAUUCGUGCUUCAAGAUAAAAAUGUCGACCCCGAGCUAAUUGUUGUGGCAUUUAGAGGAACAGAAUUCUUCAGUUCCGAUGAUUGGAUCUCAGACUUUGAUCUCUCUUGGUAUGAGAUGCCUGGCAUGGGCAAAAUGCAUGCUGGAUUUAUGAAAGCUCUGGGGUUACAAAAGAGCCUCGGAUGGCCUAAAGAUAUUGUUCAAACUGAUAAUAAUCAGCCAUCUCCAGCCUACUAUUUCCUCAGAAAAUUACUCAAAGAACUUCUUGAGAAAAAUGAAAAGGCAAGGUUUGUGGUAACUGGUCACAGCUUAGGUGGAGCACUUGCAAUUUUAUUUCCAGCAAUAUUGGCAUUUCAUGAGGAAUCUUGGUUGUUGAAAAGAUUAGAGGGUAUUUAUACAUUUGGUCAACCAAGAGUUGGAGAUGAAAAUUUUGUUGAGUAUAUGAAGGGGCAAUUAACAAAACAUGAAGUUCCAUACUAUAGGGUUGUCUACAGCAAUGACAUGGUAACAAGAUUGCCGUAUGAUAAUGCUGCCUUCUUGUUCAAGCACUUUGGAACUUGUAUUUACUACAACAGUCUGUACAAAGAAAAAAUUAUUUUAGGUGAAGAACCAAACAAGAAUGGGUGGGCGAUGUUACUGAUCAUACCAAAGAUGUUAAAUUCGGUUUGGGAGCUGAUCAGAAGCUUUAUUCUACCUUGUGUAGCCGGAAGGGAGUAUAAGGAAGGCGGGCUUCUUCUUUUCAUGAGGGUGAUAGGCAUUAUAAUUCCAGGCAUGCCAGCUCAUUGUCCUCAGGAUUAUGUUAACUCUACCAGGCUCGGAUCACCCACUGAUGAUGUCGCAAAGUACCAAAAGAUUGGCGUAAUCCCAGCAUAAUUAAGAAUUUGCCAAGUGUGUGCCUUCUUAGUCUUAUUCAUUUAAGCCUCUCUUGAAAACAAGCAUUUUUUAGUGUAGCCUAAUUAGCACGUGAAUAGGAACAAGGUCCUUCUUUGCAAAAAUGUUUCUGAAUUCUCAUCAUAUCAGUAGCCGCAGAAAGCUUGACUUAUUGAAAAUCUCAAAGAGAUUGUUUAGACAAAUCUUUUUGUCUAUGGUCGAUGUUCCCUCCACCAAUUUGGAAUGUAUUGUAUAUGUUGCUAUAAACAUGGAGGUAUUGUUAGAAAACA